GAAUUGUUCCCGAGUUACACAAGCUACUCCUCUCUCCCUACACAAAUCCCAGCCUGCUAAAUUGCCCUUGUGGUGGCUGAAUCCAUGUUUCAGGCACAGCUCUGCAAAGUGCCACAGGCAGGGCAAUGCCCCCCGGAGUAGAGCAGGUUUCUCAGUUCGGAGGAUGAUGAAACGUGAACGCUGCGCGCGCGCCAGCCAGCUUCUGGGAAACGGUCUUGCUGUGCCUCCAUCUGACGUCGCAGUGCCUUAGCGCUGCUCGCUUCACCCUUCGGAAAGAAAUCACUGCUUUCUCAAAAAAAAAAAAAGAAAAGGAAAAAAAAAAGAAACGGAAAAAAAAAAGAGAGAAACUUAGUGAAGCAGAUAACUUGCCAAGUAAAGCAGCAGGCAGUAGCCCGAAAACUUUGCAGAGAAGCAUCACUAAAUGUGCCUCAACAUCUGAGAGUUCGGAUUGUGCCUUCCGGGUUUUAAAACCACCAAAACUUUGGUACACGUCCAUGUGCAAGAUUUUCUGUUGCUGAAGGACCAGUUUCAGUUUUGACGAAUGAAGGAAUGGAAAUGCAAAACAACUCCAUGACAACCAGCACAGAAGUGACCGAGCCAUCCGACCGUGCCUUAGCAAAGCUGCUGCUCUCCUCGCUGCCCGUGGAAGGUCGCUCAUUUUAGAUAAGCACGCGAAGUCAUCACCGGGCAAGUCACUUCAACAGCUUGGAAACUUUUUUUCCUUCUGUUUCGGGAUGGUGGUGAGGACCGAGAGCCAGUUUCGCAGGCAAACAGAACGGGGGCAAAGAGUUCGCCCUGCCUGAGAUGAAAACACUGGAAACUUUUUCCCGUCUGUGCUGUCCCGCAGCCCUGCGGGUGACCCCUCCCCUGCGCAGCGUUACCCAGCUCUUACACAAGCACGCAUCAGCCUCCAGCAGCUCAGCGCCGUGGGCUGGCCGCACUGCACUUGGUGGGAGCAGAGGCGAAGAGCUGCCACUGAGGGGUCCUGCAGCGACCGGGAAAGGCUCGGCACUGCCAGGAUGCUUCUGCUGCUUUCUCUGCUCACUGGACUCGCCCUGUCUGCCUCUGGCGUCGCGGCAGAAGAAGAAACUGACCCAAGCAGAGAGACCCUUCAAGACAUACAGAAAAAAGUGAACGACCUCUGGCAGAAUUUGCUCUACCCAGUAAUGGCCGGUAAUGAGACCGACGGGAUGACUUACGCCACUUGUGAGAUGAAGCCCAGCUCCAAAAUAGAUGCCGACAAGCCACAAGUGACUGGACAGGUCUUGUUCAGACAGCAUUACUCACAGGGAAGACUGGAAGCCAUUUUUCACUUGGACGGGUUUCCGCUGGAUAACGCCCAGUCCGGCAGAGCUAUUCACAUCCACGAGCUUGGGGAUCUCAGCAACGGCUGCGACUCCACCGGAGGACACUACAACCCCUUCAGCGUCAACCACCCCCGCCACCCAGGGGAUUUUGGGAACUUCUCUCCCAAAGAUGGCAAAAUCAGAAAAUACAAACCGAAUCUCUUUGCCACUUUGUUCGGUCCGUACUCCAUCCUGGGCAGAUCCGUCGUGAUCCACGAGCAGGAAGACGACAUGGGCAAGGGCAACAACAAGGCCAGUCUGGAAAAUGGAAACGCUGGCAAACGCCUGGCUUGCUGCGUGAUUGGGGUGUGCAACGGGAACUUGUGGGAGGAGAAACAGUUUGAGGCCGCGGACAAGAAGAAGAGAUGGCUCAGAACCAGGCUUUAAUGGAGGCCAGAAAAUCACUGGGCAGCACCAAGUACCUUGGGCUGCGCCAUUGGCCGCCACGACACAUGGCAAAGGGAUUCCCACUUCCAUUCUCUUGCUUCUCUACCAAACGCGUAUCACUUUGUAGAGCCGCCUUUCUGUAAGCUGGUCAAUAAAAGCAGCAUCAACUCAA